AUGGCAAAGAAGAACAAGGUCUCCACAACGACCAGAAAACAACUCAGGCAAAAAGAAGAUGACUAUCUGAAAAAGCUAGAGACGCAGAUUGAGGAGUAUGACCUAGAUAGCACGAAACACACUGUUUUUAAAGACCUGCCUAUAUGCCACCAAACGUUGAAAGGUCUGCGGGACAGCGCUUUCGUGAAAAUGACCGAAAUUCAACAGAAGUCGAUACCGCUCUCGCUAAAGGGCCACGAUUUACUAGCGGCAGCUAGAACUGGCUCCGGCAAAACUCUAGCGUUUCUGAUUCCAGUCAUCGAGAAGCUGUACCGUGAGAAAUGGACUGAGUUUGACGGCUUGGGAGCGCUCAUCAUUUCGCCAACUCGUGAACUAGCAAUGCAGAUUUAUGAAGUUCUAGUCAAAAUUGGAAGACAUUCCUCGUUUUCAGCUGGUUUGGUUAUUGGCGGCAAGGAUGUGAAAUAUGAACUUGAGCGUAUUUCAAAAAUUAACAUCUUGGUUGGAACUCCAGGUAGAAUAUUGCAACAUAUGGAUCAAGCCGUCGGACUGAACACCUCAAAUGUGCAGGUUCUGGUUCUAGACGAAGCUGAUAGAUGCUUAGACAUGGGAUUCAAGAAAACGUUAGACGCAAUUGUUACCAACUUGCCACCUGUGAGACAAACGUUAUUGUUCUCUGCCACUCAAUCACAGUCAUUAGCUGAUUUGGCCAGACUAUCUUUGACAGACUAUAAGUCUGUAGGCACUGCCGAAGUCAAAGAUUCUGCUAAUGUUUCCGCUACGCCAGAAACUCUGGAACAAUCUUACAUCAAUGUUGAGCUUCCUGAUAAACUUGACAUUCUGUACAGUUUCAUCAAAACGCAUUUGAAAUCCAAGAUGAUUGUUUUCUUAUCGAGUUCCAAACAGGUUCAUUUUGUUUAUGAAACCUUCAGAAAACUCCAGCCCGGUAUAUCAUUAAUGCACCUACAUGGAAGACAAAAACAAACAGCCAGGACUGAAACCUUAGAUAAAUUCAGCAGAGCUCAACAUACCUGUCUAUUUGCGACUGACGUGGUUGCUAGAGGUAUCGAUUUCCCAGCAGUCGACUGGGUGGUACAGGCUGAUUGCCCUGAAAGUGUUGAUACGUAUAUUCACAGGGUCGGAAGAUGCGCUCGCUACGGUAAACACGGAAAAUCUCUCAUCAUGCUUACUCCUCAGGAAGAAGAAGGAUUCUUGAAGAGACUGAAACAAAGACAUAUCGAACCUAACAAGCUUACAAUAAAACAAUCUAGGAAAAAAUCGAUUAAACCACAAUUACAAUCUCUCUUGUUUCAAGAUCCAGAGCUCAAGUACCUAGGACAAAAAGCAUUCAUUUCCUAUGUGAGGUCUAUCUACAUUCAAAAAGAUAAAGAAGUAUUCAAAUUUGACGAGCUACCCAAUGAAGAGUUUGCAAAUUCGUUAGGUCUUCCCGGUGCUCCCAAGAUCAAAAUGAAGGGGAUGAAGUCUGUUGAAAGAGCCAAAGAACUCAAAAACACUUCGAGACAAUUGCUUUCACUUUCAAAAGCCAACGAAGAUGGUGAAAUUGUGGAUCGUAGUAAGGAAGUUAGAACCAGAAUCGAUAAAAUGUUUGAUCGUAGGAAUCAAACAGUGCUGAGCGAACACUAUUUAAACAUCACUAAGGCACAAGCGGACGAAGAUGAAGAGGAAGACUUCAUGACAAUGAAGCGUCAAGAUCAUCAGAUUAAAGAAGAUGACCUGCCUCAAUUAAUUGCACCUUCUUCUAAAAGAGCCCAGAGAAAAGCCACGUCCAAGAAAGCCUCCCUUGCCGGUAAAGGAAAUCCAUCAAAAAUGGUUUUCGAUGACGAAGGCCUUGCACAUCCAGUCUAUGAGUUAGAAGGCGAAGAAGAUUUCCACGCCAGAGGUGGUGCUGAGGACCAAAAGGAUGCUUAUCUCUCCAAAGAAGCGCAGGUAAUGACGACACGCGACGUAGAAGACAAAAAGCUAGCGAAAGAAAAACGCCAGGAGAAAAAGCGGAAGCGCCUGGAAGCCUUGAGACGCGAGGAAGAGGCUGGGGCUGACAAUGACUCCAGCGCCGACGAGGCUCCUUAUCAAGCAAGCAUAGGAACUGGCAACUUGAGCGACGACAUGAAUUCAUCUUCUGACGAAGAAUCGGGUCGUACUACCAAAAGAGUUAGAUACUCUAGAGACAAUGCCAGCGACAGCGAGGAUAAUAGUAACAAAACUAGUUCAAAGGGCCGCGUUAUUGAGAUGGAGCAUCCGGAGUCUCUUGAAGACUUAGAGUCGCUAACGGCCAAACUUCUACAGGGCUGA